UUUUAAUAAUAACAAACUGAAAGGAAUCCUGAAGAAUCAGAAGCCUGAAGGCGGGUUUUAUCUUUGUGUCACAGAGGAAAACAAUUUGCUGCUUUUCUGACAAAACAUCUGCUCUUCUUGUGCAUCCUGUCACAGCUACCAACAUGAGCUAUUGGAGAGGACUCUUCUCUCCCACGGAAUGCACCAAGAGAAGCCUUUUCCUGGUUUUCAUCAUCUCUUUUACAGCAGUAUAUUUGAUUUCCUAUUUUUAUACUUAUCACCUCGCUGCUCUACCUAAAAGUGAUGAUCUUCCCAUGGAAAGCAAAAAGAGUUUACUUACAAAAAUAUUUCCAAACUUCAGACAAAUCUCAGGGAAAGAAAACGGAGAACUACCACCUGAAAAUGGGCAGUCAGGGAAUAAAGCCACACCCGCUCUGACUCAGCCAUUCUCAUUCCUUAUUAAUGAAGAGGAGAAGUGUAAAGACAGAACCCCUUUCUUGGUGUUGCUGAUCUCGACGACGGCAGCCGAGCUGCAGCGCAGAGAUGCCAUCCGCAGGAGCUGGGGGCGCGAAGCCGCCGUUCCGGGCGCCGACGUCGUCCGGCUCUUCAUGCUGGGCAGCGAUGCCAAGGGUGACAGCGGGGACGUUCUGCUGAGAGAGAGCGAGCAGUAUCACGACAUCAUCCAGCAGGACUUCCUGGACACUUACAACAACUUAACUCUAAAAACUCUGAUGGGCAUGAGCUGGGUGGCCGCCUACUGCAGUGGCACGAGGUUUGCUAUGAAGACAGACAGCGAUGUUUUUGUCAACACAAUGCACCUGAUUGAAGAGCUCCUCAGGCCCCUCCCGCCUCCCACACAGAAUUAUUUCACAGGCCAUUUAAUGACAGGGUACAGCCCUAUUAGGAAUAACGACAGUAAAUGGUACAUAUCAGAAGAAGAAUUCCCAGAUAACAGCUACCACCCUUUCUGUUCAGGAACCGGCUACGUCUUUUCUGGAGACCUGGCUGCAAAAAUUGUAAAUGCUUCUUUAAGGAUUAAAUAUAUACAUUUGGAAGAUGUUUACGUAGGGUUUUGUCUUAAUGCAAUGGGAGUAGAAAUAACACCACUUCCUCGUUCACUGUUUAACAUACACAAGGUCCCAUUUUCUCCUUGUGUGUACAAUGAAUUAAUUACAUCUCAUCACACUGAGCCACAUGAGCACAUACUCUAUUGGGAAACACUGCAAGAGAAGAAACACACAUGUAAGAAAAGAAAGGUCCAUCCUGGAGCAUCCUAGGAUGGGAUGGGCAAAGCAGCAGAUGUUUUCUUAGUAGGAACAGAACAUCUGUGCAACGAUAACUUUCGAGGUCCAUGGACAUCCUGAAUCAGGUGCCUAGGUUGUGUAUUAUAUUGAAUUCAAAGGACUUUUCCUCCAUGAAAAAGCCGUUCUGCAUUGAGUGAAUACUGAUUUACCUUAUUUAGUUUUGGAUGAAGCAUUCAAUUAAUUUUUAAAGCCAGCAAGAGACCAUACCAACCCUACUGAAGAAAAAGCAAAGACGAUGCAAUGAAACUUGUUCUUUCAUUUAAAACUAAUGUGUUAAUUUUAU